UGCGAAGAGGUUACUUUUCUUACUUGCUUGGUUGCUAUUAGAAAAUUUUUAUUAUAAUAUUCCAAUCUAACAAUAUUCCUUAUAACAUUUGUUUAAAAGAGCUAGCUUUUUAUUUUUUAGGUAAUGAGAAUUAUCUUUCAUAUUUCUUUUACAAAAGAAUAAUGGACAGUCCUACCAAAAAGAAAAGAAGAAUUGAUGUUGAUAGCAAGGAAAUAAUAUCUUCAAAAAAUGGCGAAGUCCUCGAAAAACUAAAAAAAAAUAGAAAACAUGUACCAAAGUUUCGCAUCAAGAGCAAUGGAGAAUGUGCUACUUUGGAGACUCCAUCAAAUGAGAGGGUACCCCUAAUGCUAACUGAUAUACAACACCUUUUAUUACAUUCGCUUUUGGGUAAUCUCAAUUUGACGCAACCACCUAGGUGGUAUGUGUUUGACAAAUGUGACCAUAUCAGUCAAACUACUUGUCUUAUAUUGGAAGGUGUCUCUAUUCAACAUUGGGAAAAAUACUGUGAUAAUUUGCAUUAUACUAAAAAAAUAUUUACUGAUUUUGUGGAAAUACUAACACCUUCUGUUUAUAAUGGUUCAUUAGUUCAAGAAUUGGCUUUGGUUCCUUUGUCUGAAGUUGAUAAAGAGGGUAUUAUACAAAAAUAUGGCAGCAUGAAUUUAGCAUUGGAAGCACGUAAAGAUUUAAUGGUAAUGAUGAAAGCAGUUUUUCCUAUAGGUAGUGAGGUAAGACAAAAUGUAGAAUUACUAACUGAAGAUAAAUUUCCUAGAACUCAAUUAAUUCUGUCAACCUGGCAACUUAUUGAAGAAAAUUAUCCAAUUCCCAUAAAAGGUAAAUUAAAGAAUGCAUAUGCAGAUUAUGUCAUGACAAAAGAUGAGUAUUUGCCUGUUACUGUUAAUUCGCCUAUGUUUGGAUUGGAUUGUGAGAUGUGUAUCACCAGUGCUGGUUCUGAGUUAACAAGAGUGUCAAUAGUUAAUGAAAGUCAUGAAACAAUUUAUGAAUCUUUAGUUAAACCUUAUAAUGACAUUACAGAUUAUUUGACAAGGUUUUCUGGUAUAACAAAAACUUUAUUAAGCAAUGUAACUAAAAGACUGAAAGAUGUUCAAGAUGACAUAAGAGAAUUGUUGCCCCCUGAUGCUAUUUUAGUGGGUCAAUCUUUGAAUAUAGAUUUGCAUGCUUUAAAAAUGAUGCAUCCAUAUGUAAUAGAUACCAGUUUAAUAUACAAUUUUACUGGAGAAAGAACCAGAAAACCAAAACUCAAAACAUUGGCAAAAGAGUUUCUUAAUAUAGAUAUUCAAACUGGAAAGGGUGGGCAUUGUUCGGUUGAGGAUUCAUUAGCGUCAUUAAAAUUGGUCCAAUUAAAACUCAAUAAAAACAUAGAAUAUGGUGAUGCUGUUCAUACUAAUAGACAAAAGUAUAAAGAAAAUAUUAUUAACAAAAUAUCUAAAACACCUGAAUUAGCACUAUCAAUAUUCAACCAUAUGAUUGCACAACGAAAAUCUUCUUUAGUUGUUGGAUGUGAUGAUAUCACUGGUGAUUACCAUUCAUACCUUUCACAGGCCAAAGAAAGUAUCUCAUCACACCUGAGAAAAGGUAAACCCAAAAAAGUGAAGCUUAACACAGUAGACGAAGUAGAGGAAGUCAUAACAACUCUUUCAAAAGCCUCUAAUGAAUACAAUUUUGCAAUGGCUCAUUUAAAAUUGGAAUUAAAUCAUGAUAAAGACUCUGAGCAAAUGCAAACAAUUGAUGAAUGGAUUAAUAAAAUUUGGAAUUACCUAUGUGAAAGUGCAUUACUUGUAGUUGUAUUUAGUGGGACAACUAAUGAUAAUGGCAUGGCUAUGAUAAAAAUAAAAGGUCAAAAUAAUUAAGAUCUAAUUAAAAUAAGCAUAGAUAAUAUUUGUAUAAAUAUAAUUUUAUGUAAAUAUAUAAA